UAGCCCACUAUUGAUAUGAAUGAAAUAGUAAUAUGGCAGUAUGCCUCCUUAGAGGAAUCCUAUUCUAACUCUGAAUGCUUUAUAAUAUAUUGCUUUAUUUUACAGUUGAUUGCUGUGUAUGACGAACAAGAUGCAUUCCCCAAAUCUGAUGACACCAAUGGUAGUUUAACAGAAGGCAACAGCCCAGAUGCCUUUGAGACUGAUGUAGCUGCCCAACUAGCGGCAUUUCAACCCAUUGGUGGAGAGAUUGAAGUGACAUCCUCUGCUCUGAAAUUAGGUACUCCACUUUUGGUUAGAAGGAGUAGUGAUCCAACUGUGGGACAGCCAGCUGACUUUGUGCCAGGAGCUUCACAUGCUAAUCACCAUAUUUUGAAGCCCUCUGUGUCAUGUUCAGCACAAUCAUCUUCAGAAGCCUGGGAUUUCACUACACAUAAUGAUACACUGACAUCUCAGAAAACAAAACUUAAUUUCAGUGGUGUGACGAGAAUCGUAGAGAUACCUGGGGAAGGAGGCCCACUGGGGAUACAUGUGGUACCAUACUUUUCAUCAUUAAGUGGAAGGAUUUUAGGACUCUUCAUCCGUGGCAUUGAGGAAAAUAGCCGGUCUAAGCGGGAUGGACUUUUCUAUGAAAAUGAAUGCAUUGUGAAAAUUAACAAUAUUGAACUUGCAGAUAAAACCUUUGCACAAGCACAAGAUCUUUUCCGCCAAGCAAUGAAAUCUCAAAACAUCAUUCUGGAAGUUGUCCCUUUGUAUGGCCGUGAACACUAUGAAAAGUCAGUCAUAGCACCAUUGUACUCCCCAAAUAAAGCUGAGCAUAUUUCAAAAGGAAAAUUUCCACCUGCAGCCCUUCCAAAGUCGAUGAUGAUGAAAGACCCAGAUUUCUCUGAAGCAAACAAUCUAGAGACUGGUACACAUACAUCUCCCAAGAGUCCUAACUUCUCAAGAAUUAAUAAGAAACCUCCAUCGCCAUCUUUAUCCCCAUUGAUAGGUUUUGGCAGCAAGAAAAAUGCAAAGAAAAUAAGGAUUGAUCUGAAAAAAGGACCUGAAGGACUAGGUUUUACGGUGGUCACCAGGGACUCCUCCAUACACGGUCCUGGCCCUAUAUUUGUAAAGAAUAUUUUGCCUCGAGGUGCAGCAGUUAAAGAUGGCCGUUUGCAUUCCGGAGACAGAAUAUUGGAGGUGAAUGGUAGAGAUAUCACUGGCAGAACUCAAGAAGAACUUGUAGCUACUCUGAGAAGCACAAAGCAAGGAGAGAUAGUUUCCCUGGUCAUUGCUCGCCAGGAAGAAACCUUUCUGCCCCGAGAACUGAAAGGAGAACCAUGUUGCAACAUUUUUUCAUUCGAGGCAACAGAGCAAUUGACUUUUGAAAUUCCUUUGAAUGAUUCGGGUUCAGCUGGACUUGGCGUGAGCUUAAAAGGCAACAAAUCUCGAGAGACAGGGGCAGAUCUUGGAAUUUUCAUCAAAUCUAUCAUCCAUGGUGGUGCUGCAUAUAAGGAUGGGCGGUUACGAAUAAAUGACCAGCUUAUUGCAGUAAAUAGUGACUCUCUGCUUGGAAAAUCAAACCAUGAAGCCAUGGAGACUUUGAGGCGUUCUAUGUCUAUGGAAGGAAAUAUUCGUGGCAUGAUACAACUGGUAGUUCUCAGAAGGCCAGAAAGGCAAAUUGAAGUGGAAUGCAAAGAACCUGAUAUAUUAUUUCCAAAAGCAGAGGUUGAAGGGAAUAUUAAUUUCACAAGCACUCCUAAGCAAAGUGACGCUGCUGUACAGUGUUUUGUCACAUAUUGCCCACAGGAGAAGUUAAAAGAGUUUGAAAGCGGCACAGCUGAAAAUGAAGUCCCACCCCCGUUGCCUCCACAUCCUAGUGAGAAGCUAUUCACAGAUUAUAAUCAUAGCAGCAUAGUAGGUGAUUCAGAGACUUUUUUGCCAGAUCAGCCCAUCAACUUCAGAUCUCUGACCCUGGCCAAACAGACAGAAUCAAUUAACCUGAGGACCUCCAAGAGCAUGGAUCUUGUGGCAGAUGAAAGUAAAGUUGCCUUAUUGACUGCUCAGAAACUAGAAUCUCCUAGUAAGGAUAUUGGCCCCACCCUGGGAUUAAAAAAGUCAAGUUCCCUAGAAAGUCUCCAGACAGCUGUUGCUGAAGUAAAAAAGAAUGAGCUUCCAUUCUACAGGCCUAGGCCUCACAUGGUCCGUGGUAGGGGAUGUAACGAGAGUUUCAGGGCUGCCAUUGAUAAAUCCUACGAUGGACCCGAAGACGUGGCAGGAGACGGUCUGUCAGAUAAGAGUUCCCUUUCUGGUCCAGAAGGUCAAAACUUUGCAAAAGCCUUUCACAUGAAUUCUGAAUUAGAAGAUAUGGAAGGAAAGUCAAAAAAACACAAAAAGACCAAAGAAAAAUUGAAAGCAAAAGAAAAAAAUAAAAAGCUUAAUCUCAAAAACAAAUCAAAAAUCAGUGAAAAGGACAAAAAAGAGGAGAAUGACAAUCCUGAAAGAAAAACAAAAAAGAAAACUUUGGGCGCUAUGUUAAGAUUUGGCAAGAAAAAAGAGGAUAAAGGUGUAAAAAGUGAUCAGAAGGGAAACUCCAAGCAAAGUACACUCAAAGAAGUUGACCUAGAAAAGAUGAAGGAGGAACGGGAAAGGAUCGAUGCAAAGCAUCAGGAACUACGUCAGAAGCAGAUCAGGGGACUUGCUGAGUAUUCCACAGUUCCUAUGGGAGCCCCGCCUGAUCUUGAUGAUGAUGAGACAGACCCAAAUUACGCACGAGUGAACCACUUCCGAGAAGUAUAUCCAGUUAUCAACUCCUACCAGCUUUCUUCUCCACCUGUUUCUGAAGCUUAUGGUGGGUGCAAUAAUCCUGCAGCACCUCUGGACAGGGACCACUUAGAAGGAUUAUAUGCAAGGAUAAACAAGCCAUCCCACCAGCAUGCUCCUGUUGAGAGUGAUCGUCCAUCUAUUGGAACUGCUGAUCGCAUCCAGAAGUUACGUAAAGAGUAUCAUCAGGCAAGGAGAGAAGGUGUACCUUUAUAUGAUGAAGAGGAAGGUAGAGGAAGAUCAUCUGAUUAUGAUCAGCAUUGGGUGUCUGGAAAAGGUCCAGAUGAGACUCCACACCACCUCCAGUUUGAAGGCAUAGAAAGACAGUAUGCAUCCUUACCCAGGCAUGGAUCUGUAGAACCAAUGGAAUAUUUAACAGGGCUACGGAUAGCACACAAAGAAAGAGAUCUUCACUACCCUCCUGCAAGCCAACCUGCAAUUCACCCCUCCAAAGGGAGCUACCUUCAUCCACCAGAUGGCCCAAGAGCAACAGAGUUAUGGUAUUCACCAUAUUUCCCACCACAGCCAGUAAUUCAGCACAAAGGACCUCUCCGCCAAGAUGUACCACCAUCCCCACCACAAGGCCACAGAGCUCCACCUUAUAAUGAGGUGGGCAGAAUAGGACACAGACAAAGCACUCCUGAUCAGUACCAAUGCAGGUACCAAGAUCCAAGGCAGAAGGACUCUGUGACUGCAGCUGUAUAAGUGAAAGCUGGACUGUUGUUGAUAUUUUAUGGUUGACUUCAUCUUACAUUUAGUUCCUCUGAAGUCACUUCUGCACUCUCAACCUAUAGCAUCUUCUAAAGCAGUGGUUCUCAACCUGUGGGUCGGGACCCCAUUUGGGGUCGAACGACCAUUUCACGGGGGUCGCCAGACAAGGCUGUCUGCCAUUUUUUCCCCUUUUCUUUGGCCACGCCCCUGGC